ACAGUGGGAAUUGCCGUUUUUUGUGGGGUUUUUUGUACAAUUGAACGUGACAUUUGAAAAGUCGUUGUCAACUAGAUUUUAAAAUGAUCCUAAUAUCACUAGAUCUUGAUCGUGUGUCGCCUGGACAUAAGUAAAUGUCUAUAAAAGACUUCGUCUUGACUACUGAUGACAAAGCAUUGUGGCAACGAUUUAAAGGUCUUGUUGGAGCACAGGUGGUACGUCUGAGUGUAGUCGAGGAUUACAUGCCUCGUCCUUCCAGUUUCUCUUCUCAGUUCUCCAGCGAGACCUCGGGCUCAGAAAACUCGUUCAUCCAAGAUGGAGACCUGAACCAGUUGCAGAGAAACACGAAUGCUCUGUGCCAUGUCGGUAAACAGCCGUUUUUGGGUGUGGAAGCUGUGUCCCGGGAUGUGAGGCCGCUGCUCAACUUUCUUCUUUCUAGCUUGCAUGAUGUGACGUCAUCAAAUCUGGAUGGUGAUAGAUGUGAAAGCGGUAAACGACAAAAGGAAAACAAACGCAAUAUGAGAUGCGUGUACAAGAAGUCUCUAACGCUGGAAAGUCAGCUCCACCAGUACAUCAACCCCAACCUCGUGACCUCGCUCAACAGACGGGCAGCCAAGGCAGCAUUUGAGGCAGAACUCAUGUGUAAGAUGAUUGACAAGUUGCGAAAAGAGGGACGAAAGUCUGUCAGUGAGAGUGAGAGUAAAAGAAAAGCUCGAGAAUUGACAAUCAAACUCAAGUCUUUGUUGGCCCGACAGAAAUGUGAAUGGCAAUGUGUGGGAAGGCUAAAGGAGACGCUGGCUAUGGCCAGGGAAAUGAAGAGUGUCCUGAAAUUUAUUUGCCAGCUUAGCUCUUUGCUAGAAAGAUUGAACGAAGGCCCUCCCCCGUAUGAAGACAGCAGUCCUUACGAUGACCUGCAAAUAAAGAGAGACAAGUUUUACGACCGCCAUGCUAUAGUUGGUAGAGAAUGUCGCCAAGGCAGCAGUCGAGCGGCCAAACGAUCUCUGAGCGAGGUGACCAUUUCAUUAUCGCUCGACUUUAUACCAGACAGAAAGGCUCGAAAACCGAGGAGUAGACGAGCAGCAGUCGAAGUCAGCGUGAGUGAGUCUGAAUGUCUGCUUAUCAAGACUGCCAGCAACUGUAGGAAGAAAAAGCUUUCAAAAGGCAGGAGUUCUAGUUUGGUUUCCAUGUCCGACCACGCCAGGCGGCACAAUGGCCGGCGCCCCUCUAAUAGCGCCUGUACGUCACCUAGAUGUGCCAGGACAUGCACGUCACGUGGUUCCUCUCCCACGCGCCAUAGAUGGCCUUCGCUCAAAGACUUGAGCUCACCAAUCAAGUGCAAAACUUCAAGCGAAACGGAGCGAAGGCCGUCCACACACAGACAUGCGACGAAAUGUUUGAGUGUCUGCAAGUGCUGCAAGAUUGUCAAAGAACUGUGUGCGGGUCGGUGCAAAAAGUCGAAGCUGAUCAACAAUCUAGCGUCGAGCAAAUCUCACUCGGCUAAAACCUCCCGGGCCAAAAAAUCCUGCGUCAAAAGUAGUCCUACCCUCUCCGAUAUUGAGGGCUCCCAAAAUCUUUCAACUAGUGAACAGGAAACACAGAGGGAACCAAAGAAAAGGUCAAAAACUAACGACAAGCACAAAAAACUAUCAGCAACGGGACGGUACCGUAAAGAAUCCAAUAAGUGCGCGCACAGACAAGUAUCGUCUGCCACACCAGCGGGCUCGUGCAGCAAAUAUUACAUGCACCCAAGAGCAGCCGUGGACUCGUCGGGCUCCAGAGAACCGUUACUCUACUCCUCCAGAGACACGGAGCUUAACUUUAAGGACGACCACCUCUCAUUUCACUACCGAGGUCCGUCUCACCAGGAUGGCGGCCCGUCCAGCGCUGCGUGUGAGCAAGAGACAAGUUCAAGACAAGAGAGUACCAAAACGUGCGAGGAUGACAGUAGUUGUACGGCCUGUGACGUAGAUGACAUUCAGGAUAGCUCAUCUUCUGAGGCUAGUGAGAUGAAAUGUUCUGAGCCAGCAUCCUGCACCUCUCGCUAUACACCAGAGGAGAGCAAAGAUGUUUGCGAAGACAACAGCUUGUCUUUCCUAGUCAAGUUGAAUGAAGAGAAUAGUCGACAUUUCUCUCCAAAUUCUCCGAAAAAACAUCCUUUAAAGGUUGAAAAAUGCCGGUCACCGCCCAAAUUCUCACUUCCCCUUACUCAGUCUUGUCCUACAAAAAGCGACAUUGAAAAUGGAACACAAACUGAGCAAGACAUUUUUUUAGCCAAUCAAAUGCCAUGUCCUAAUAUGAUUCAAGUGUCAACAAAAUGGCGUGGCACCCCGCCAGGUCAGUGCUGUGAACAACCCUCCAUUGAAACAAUUAUCAAGCUCUCGAUGCCAGACUCCUGUAACCAGGCACCACAGACGACCCAGAUCCCCAAACCUUCGAGCCGGAAAUCAUCAGGGUAUUCAAGCAGAAAGUCAGUACCGGAACUAGCUCCACAGUCAUCGUCUGAAUCUAUUAGAGAAUUACCAGAAUGCCCUAGAAGUCCUUCGCCAGAAUGUCGCAGGAGCCCUUCGCCUGGAUGUAAAAGAUCCGAUUCGUGUACAGGAAGCCCAUCCCCCAUUAUUCUCAGAUCUCCUUCACCCAAACACAGCGUUGGAACUUCGCCAAUACAAAUUAAAAGUCCCUCACCCAAACACAGCGUUGGAACUUCGCCAAUACAAAUAAGAAGUCCUUCACCAAACCCAUCUGUAAAGUACGCAAGUCAAUCUCCAGCAGCGACCCAAACUCCUAAGUCUAGCAGUCCUGCAUCUAGAAAGAGUCCGCUGUCUCCUAUUUCUCCAGUAGAAAGCAGACAAAUUUCAGAAAAAUUCUCAAAAAAACCUUCCUUGAGGUCGAGUGAUCCAUCUUUGACGUUGCCUACCGCGAGCAAAAUGCCGUCCAAUACAGGUAGUGGCAACCGUCUAGAGUUGCUGGGGGACGAGAGUAGGGAACAGCUGAUAGACGACGAAAGUAGGGAACAGCUGAUAGACGACGAGAGUGGAAAUAAAGAAAUGUUUCUAGAUGAACCAACUUCCUCACAACUAUCUAUCGAACAAAAUGAAAUUAUUUCCAGUCAUUCAAACACAAAUUCUGUCGGAAACAAUUCAGAACGUGAUUCGCCAAUUGCUUCAGAAAAGCCAUCACCUGUCCAUACCAAGCAAUCUUCGACUACAAAUAGUCCAAGUCGGCCGAAAUCUUCUAUAACAAAUAGUCCAAGUCGGCCGAAAUCUUCUAUAACAAAUAGUCCAAGUCGGCCGCCAUCUUCUAUAACAAAUAGUCCAAGUCGGCUGCCAUCUUCUAUAACAAAUAGUCCAAGUCGGCCUCCUUCGAGGAAAAACACUAUAAGAUAUACGCCUUCUCCCGUAAAAACUCCGUCCCCUUCCCCCGUAAAAACCCCAUCCCCUUCUCCCGUAAAAACCCCGUCCCCUUCUCCCUCUAAAACUCCGCCAAAGAAAGCCCGAGCAAGCUCUGAGAAAAAAAAAAUGCGAUCCCCACGAGAGGAGAGUAGCGAGGACAGUGAAGAGAUGGACCCGUCACGGGAGACCUCUAGAACAGCUUCCCCAGAAAGGUCAAGCCGUGUUGAAGAAUUAACAGAGGAGCCUCAAGCUAUUCCACCACCACCCCCACAACAGACUUGGCAAAACUCCCUCAGAGAAGGUUGGACAAGUUGGUGGAAACUAAUCCUCCUAAUUCUACUCAUCAUCUUCGUCCUACACUUCCUGUAUUGCUACCUGGUAGCAGCUAGCUGUAGGAAUUGCCGGCUCCCUGGGCCUAACAUCCUCUUUUACUUCCUAAGCUGGGCCAUGAACUCAGUACGUGUGAUACACAACCAGCCACCCCCACAGUAGUCAGCUGACCACAACACGUGAUGCUGUGGAUGGUAACUUAACGUCAUCGCAGUCCAUAUCUUGUACUGACAUAAUAAGCAUUCUUUUUAUUCUUCGCUUUAUUACUUUUUAAUAAACAUAUAUUUCACACAUGGACCUUGUUGCCAGUGGGUUACUUUCGUUAAUCGUAAUUAUAUAGCAAUUUCAGACAGCCCAUACCCUUCAAGUU